AUGGUCUUUCCUUUUUGUCAGUUCAAAUAACAUACGGGUGUUCUUUGGUUUAUCAAGUUUUAUUCAUUUCUGGGAAAGUUUCUUUUUCUUUGUUUACCUAUAAAAUGAAGAAAAGAGAUAACUUUUUGAAAUUUCCAGUAGUCUUUUCCAUAGCUUUUUGGGUUUUGGCUGUUAUAGGAGUUAUUUAAGUCCUCUGCUUAUCUAAUUCUGUUUGGUAAUUGAGAAAACGGUAAAAAAAGGACAAACUUUUUAAAGUGUUACGCAGUUGUCUUUGUCCUUUUUUAUGCAAAAAUUUCCAUGUAUGGAAUUCUAUAGAUUUAGUGGAUUGAUGGGUGUCUAUUCAUUCUUCUGACAUUUUUCUUCUCAUGGAAUUCCAAGUUGGAGUUUGAAUAUUCUCUGCUUUUCUUGCACUGUUAAAAGGUUCUUUAAUCCCUCUUCAGAUUCAUCAUUUUUGGAUAUUUCUGUAUUUUAAAACCUUCAGAUGCUUAACUUUCUGAGUCAGAUCACAUCUCUUUUUACCUCAGCUAAGUAUAUCCAAUUACUUGGCUUCAUGUGAUGGUGGGUAUUUCAUAUUUGAGUAGCUAAGGAUUAAGCUCUAAAUGGGGCAUUUUUCUUCAAUGUUUAAUGGAUUGGCAAGGUCUUUUUCCUUAAAGAAAAGAAAGAAUUGUACUGGGAAUGGGAAAUAUGAUGGUAGAGAAGCUGUUGAAGCUAUGGCUAAAGAAGCCAAGAAAAAUGACUUGAUAUUAAGGUCCUCAGGGACUGUAAAUGUUAAUGGCUCUAAGAAUUUUGCUUCAUUAUUCUCUAGGAGAGGUGAAAAAGGAGUGAAUCAAGAUUGCUUCAUUGUUUGGGAGGAAUUUGGAUGCCAAGAAGAUAUGAUAUUCUGUGGUAUAUUUGAUGGGCAUGGUCCAUGGGGUCAUUUUGUGGCGAAGAAGGUUCGAGAAUCGAUAGUAUCAUCGUUGCUUUGCAAUUGGCAAGAGAGUCUAGCCGAGGCUUCAGUUGAUCCAGAUUUAGAUUUAGAUUCUGAUAAGAAGCUUCAAAGGUUUAACAUAUGGAAGGACUCAUACCUAAAGGCAUGUGCAGCUGUAGAUCAGGAGCUGGAACACCAUCCUAAGAUCGAUACAUUUUACAGCGGAACCACUGCUUUGACAAUAGUCAGACAGGGCGAGGUAAUUUUUAUAGCAAAUGUAGGUGACUCGCGUGCUGUAUUGGCUACCACUUGUGAUGAUGGCAACUUGGUACCAGUUCAGCUCACUAUUGAUUUCAAGCCUAAUCUACCUCAGGAAACUGAGAGGAUAAUACAGUGUAAUGGUCGAGUAUUUUGCUUAGAUGAUGAAUCUGGGGUGCACCGAUUAUGGCUGCCCGAUGAAGAAUCCCCUGGACUGGCGAUGUCUAGAGCCUUCGGGGACUAUUGUGUGAAAGAUUUUGGUCUAAUUUCAGUGCCUGAUGUGACUCAAAGGCAUAUUACAAGCAAAGAUCAAUUUGUUGUGCUGGCAACUGAUGGGGUAUGGGAUGUAGUCUCCAACCAAGAGGCUGUAGAAAUUGUAUCCGCUACUCCAGAUAGAGCAAAGGCGGCAAAGUGUCUGGUUCAAUGCGCUGUCCGGGCUUGGAAACGUAAGAGGAGAGGGAUUGCUGUCGAUGAUAUUUCUGCUAUUGUACUCUUCUUUCAUUCUAAUCAUUUCUGUCAUCAUAUUUACCCUGUAACUGCACCCAAAUAACUUAAUAGCAAAAGCUAUUCUCUCUCUC